AUGACUGCUCGAAACGACGUUUGUGCGCGUUGGCUGUUCUACUUGAAGUGAGUGAAGACGACGAGGUGCAGUUUGAAAAAAAGAAACGAUUGUGGUGGAUGAAGCCAUGGAUCUCCAAAAAGACGCUUGGUGUUCAGAGCUUACUUUAUGAAGAGCUACUCGAGUGCGAUCCGGAGGAAUACAAACUCCUGCUACGCGUCAGCAGCACGCAGUUUUUCGAACUUUUGGCGCGCGUUAAACGUAGAAUCGAGCGGCAAGAAACUGUAAUGAGGCCUUCCGUGCCAGCGAAGACAAGACUCCAGAUUACUCUUCGCUUCCUCGCCACAGGAGAAACACACCACUCCUUAAGCCGGCAGUUCAGGGUGGGACACUCAACUGUCAACCAGCUCAUAGAUGAGACAUGUGGGGCCAUCUACCUGGAGCUGAAAGACGAGUUCUUGAAGUCUCCCAAGACUUGUGAAGAUUGGUCUGCGGUCAUGCAAGGCUUCAAAGCAAAGUGGCAGUUCCCAAAUUGUGCAGGUUGUCAAGAGCCCGCAGAGUAGUUGAGAAUGGGUUUGGAAUCCUCGCCAAUCGGUUUAGGUGCCUACACACCACCAUGGCAGCGACGCCAAAAAGAGCGACGAAGUAUGUUGCAGCAGCUUGUGUUUUGCACAACUUCUUGGCGACUGAACUUCCACCACCAGCCGACACACCAGUGGAGCAGCAAAGUACUUUCUUCUCGGUUCGAUCAAGCCGCGGCCGGCUCUGGGCAACAGCAUGCUCGAUUCGUGAAGACAUGUGUGACUUUUUCACUGGAUUAGGUGCAGUGCCUUGGCAGAAUGACGCGGCAUAUGUGAAUGUGUCAAGGCACAGGGCUCAUCACUAGUGAAACUUUGUGUUAUGUAGGCCUUCGUCUAUGCAAAGGUGAUGUAAAAAAAGUACCUGUGAAGUCAAUGUGUUUAUCACCCAGCACGCACUCAUAUUAUUCAACUUUUUACGAGUGUUAUGUUUUUGAAGGCUGAAUGUUGAAUUUAUAGGUGACUCGUACGUUAUUUACUCUAAGCCAUUUACUUAUAUGCUACUUGUGCUAUUUCCUGGUCUUUGAUGCUUUGCAAUAAGAACAAGCAUGGACCAUUUUUGUUACACAUGAGCGAAAAAAGUGACUAUUUCUUAAGCAUAAUUUAAGCAGCGGACACAUGAAACAGUAGGGUUCUUUUUAUUGCGAAAUGUUGCCAUGACUUUGCACGUCCAAAAAAAUAAA